GUUCAAUAAACUAACCUUUCACUGCUGCAGAGAAACUUGGGCUACACGACACGAGUUACAGAAACCGCUUUAUUGUCCCCAAACACCAAACUGAGCGCGUCUAUGCUAAAAUGUGUUUUAACUGAACUUUAACAGACGUCCAAGUUAAACAAAUCAGAAUUAAAAACUAACAGAGCCUGUCUGUUUACGUCAUUAUCGUCGGCUGUUAUAAAAAAUACCAUCGCAAGCGCAAGGUAUAUAGCUGCUUUCUAUGUUAGUAAUAAACUAAUUUAGCUUUAUAACGCAGAAAAAUGCGAUUUAAUCGCGUUUUUAACAUUAUAAAUAAAAGAACCGACGCCGUCAAGCAGGAGGAUCUGACGUUACGUCUUUUUACGACAGUGUCGUUUUUGAUCGCAGAGAUAAAACAGCUGAAAUGUCACAAUAAAAGUCACGAUUUGAAAAAUGUUCCUUGUGCCAAACAUUUUAAUUCAUUCAUUGAUAAUAUGAGGUUUAUGUUUUUUUUCAUACACGUAUAUAAUUAAGCGAUGAGUGAGAUUUCUAAUUUUGUUCUUUGCUGGAGUCGAGUGGGAAGUCACUGAAUGGAGUGGAGGGGUUAAAGAUAAGAAUGUCAUGCCAACGCCGGUUGUCACGGCAACUGGUAUAAACAACAACAACAGAGUUUGAGUUUGACUGUGAUCAAGUGAAUACGGAUUUUGACCAAAAAGAAUAGCACGAGACCUCUAAUGAUGAGCUCAAAAUUAGAUGAUCUCCCCCUUGAAGAGAGACUAUCAGAUGCAGCCAGCAUUCCAAACAAAACUAAGGCAGACCUCUUAAAGACCAUCAACCCCUCCAGGAAGACUUUAUCAUCUCGGGAAGCAAAGCUCAUUUUAGGGGUACUAGAUGAGUGCAUUAAUCAGAUGGAGAUAGCCUCUCUUUUACGCACUUUGCUGAACUGUCCAGAAGCUCUUUCCCCGAGCCUGGGAGAGGAGGUGGUGAGGGCCCUGAAAGAGCAUCAUAGACUUGAAGAAAAGUACCAAGCUAUGGUGCUUGAUGGGAGUCUUGAACAAAAGGAACAACUAGCCAAAUCAGCAAAAGCAAUUCAGGAUUCCUUUCGUAACAUUGUGCGGCUAUUUAGGGCAAGAGAGGUGCUAAAACGGAUAGAACCUAACACAGGGGGAGAGAUGGGGUCUCAGAAUUUGAGAGAUGGCCUGUGCGAGUUGAGGGAGGUCGUUUUGGAGAGGCUCCUCACAACCCCUACGGAGGAGAGAGAUCGCAGAGAGAUGAUGCUGGAAGUCAGUCUACGUCACUCUGCCAACCAGGCAGUGAUGGACUCACUGGACAAAGAGGUUGCAAUGGCAAUAAAAGCCAAGGAUACAGAGAUCUCCAUGUUGAAUAAUAAAGUGCACCAGCUGAGGAGCUCACUGCAUCAGAUGGAAAAGGGUUUGGAAGAGUCUGUUAUCCGAACUCAGCAGGACGCUGAGAAACAGAGCCAAUCAGAAAAGAAAACUUCAGAGGGGAAGAGAGCUCGUAUGCAGCAGGAGGCCAAUCAACUGAGAGCUCAGUUCAAUAAUGUGAUUUCAGAAAACAGAGAGGGCGAACUGAAACUACGAAAGAAAAAAUACAAGGAAGAAACAGAGAUAGAGAACUUGAUCCAGAAAUACGAUGCUGAAAUGGGAGAGAAACAGACAGAGUUGGAGGAAAUUACUUGCAUGCACGAGAAAGAUGAGACAGAGCUGACAGGGCUGGAGGAACUUUUUGCAGUUAUGAACCUGGAGUACUCCCAGAUUAUGAAGGAGCGACAGGAGGCUCAGGAGAAGAGGAAACAGCAAGAAAAAGAAAGAGAGAUGCAGAGCCAAGCGGCCACUAUCAUUCAGGCCCACUGGAGAGGCUUUUGUGUGCGCAAAGCCACGAAGGCCAGCGCAAAGCCCAAGAAAGGAAAGAAAGGAAAGGGUAAAAAACAAAAAUGAAAGAGAACUAGAAACGAAAGCACAGCGCAAGAUAAUCACCGUUAUUACUCUUAUGUUAUUAGAUAAAUAAAAUCAAUAAAGCCCA